CUGAAAGUGUAAGUUUCACUGCGCAGUAGUGUACGCUUUGUGUCUGACUGUGAGUAGGCUGUAGAGGUCGGUGUUGUAGCGUGGGAGGUUGGUGUAGUGACGGGGCUACAGGUGAGAGAGCUUCCUGCCGUCUGGGACAGAUUGAUCAUGACAUGAUGGAUCCUACAGUUGUUGAAUUAGUUGAGCGAUGGAAUGUACUCCACAAGGAGGGCCGUUUCUCGGCUCUCAAUGUGAGAGAAUACUGGCGCAUAAAAGUUCCAGAAAUAUAUUCUCCACAGCCAAAUUGUAACUGUCUACGGAUAACUUUUGAUGAUGAAUUGGCACAAAAAAUGUUGUUUGAUCCUCUGGAGAGGUUCAUGUGUGGGGGUGACCCAGCACAGGUGUACCAGAUGGUCAAGCAAUUGGAUAAUCCGCCCUCGUUAUGUGGUAGAGUUUUUAAAAAUGGGGACCCAACUUACGGCUGUCGAGACUGUGGCAUGGAUCCCACGUGUGUACUAUGUGCCGACUGCUUUAAGAAUUCUGCACAUAGUAAACAUAGGUACAAGAUCAGCACGUCAUCUGGGGGAGGCUAUUGUGACUGUGGUGACAGGGAAGCUUGGAAAACUGAUGUAUUCUGCGAUAUUCAUGUUAAGGGUCAAAUGGUUCAACAAUUGCAAAACCCAUUAGAAAAGAUACCUGCAGAUUUGACUGAAAGGAUCCAUUUAAUAUUUGAUUGUAUCCUGCCUUAUGCCAAGGAACUACUUACAUAUGAAGAAGGAUUCUCUAUUCCAAAGGACUUGGAAAUUAGAGAAUCCGAUCGUGAACCCACGAAUUUAUCGAGCCUUUAUGACAUAAAAGAUACAUAUGUCACUAUGCUGUACAAUGAUGAGACACACACCUAUGACCAGGUCAUAAACACAUUGGAACGAGCUAUAGAAUGUACACAAAAAGAUGCAGUGGCAUUUGCAACAAGCAUAGAUAGAGAGGGUCGAUGUAUUGUGAGAUGCUCGUCCUUCCAGCAGUGCUCCCAAACUAAGAACCACAUGGAAAAACAAACAUCACGGGGUGGUGGACGGCCACUGAAAGUUCAGGUAAUGCAGACAUACAUCAUUGCUCACCAGAUGUUUGCAUCAAGGCUGCUAACAUGGCUUCAUAACGUCCUGGAAUCUGCUCAGGCAUUCAGACUUAUCUUCAGUGAUAUUGUAAACAAGGAUGGUGGCAGCAUUGUGGAGAACAUCAUUUGGACAGACACAAAGAUGUGGAAGACAGCUAGAGUACAGUGGCACCGUCUUUUUAUUUCCGGUAUGCUCAUGGACCAGGAGAGUAAGAAAAUGUUUGCUAGGACUUUCACCAAGCACUAUAGUAAAAUGAUGAAAGACUUCAUACUGGAUGACCAUGACCAUGCCGUAUCUGUCGCAUCACUGGGUGUGCAGCUAUUUACAAUGCCAACAAUUGCUCAUAUGUUGGUGUCGGAGGAGGAUGUUUUGACUCGUCUCCUCAAUACCUUCUUGUCAGAAUGUGAAAAGAAGCUUAGAGACAAUAAGCUGGCCCUUGAACACCGCAGCUCAAACACGUCGUCAUUCCGUCGCAUCCAGUAUAUUCUCUAUGACCUUAAGUAUUUGUUAGGGGUGAAGCCGGAAGUUUGGACCGAUAGUCUCCGCAGAGGGUUUCUUCACGGGUACAGUCUCCUCCUGCGCCUCCUUAGCAUGAUGCAGGGCAUGGAUCCUAUGGUGCGACAAGUGGGGACACACAUGGAGUAUGAGCCAGAGUGGGAGUCGGCUUUCAACCUCCAUAUUAAACUAGCAGCUGUCAUCCCACUUGUGAUAGAGUGGGCUGCAUCAGAUCGCAUUGUACUCAUCAAAGCAUAUCGGUUAUUAAUGAAAUCCCUUGGAGACUUGGGUACAGAGGCAACUCGGAGAAGAUAUGUAAGGGAAUUGCUCGAUUAUUCUGUGUCCUGCAUAGAGUAUGAUGUCUCUUCGGCACCGGUGUCAAUCCAUCUCCCACUCUCGCGCUUGGUGGCAGGUCUGACCCUCCAUCUUGAUAAAUAUGGCCUUAACUACAACUCUCCCGAAUUCUUGGUGAAAGGCAAACCUUCUCCUGAAGAACUAAUGGAACCAGUUCUCAGAACACAAGUAAUGAUUGCUCAGGUUCAUGCUGGGAUGUGGCGACGUAAUGGCUUCUCCCUCAUCAACCAGAUUUAUUUCUAUCAUAAUGUGAGGUGUAGACAAGAGAUGUUAGACCGUGAUGUGAUGCUCUUGCAGAUAGCCGCUACGCUUAUUGAUUCUAAUGAAUUUCUGGUGCAUCUUAUGAAUCGGUUCAACUUGAUGAGUUGGGCAAGAGAAGAUUAUGAAAUCAACUAUCUAAGGGGUAAUGAUGAUGAUAACAUGAGACAAACUGUAGUACUUGUGGAGGAAUACCUGCAGUUAGUGAUGAUGCUGGUGGCAGAACGCUACACUCCAGGCAUCGGGCAUAUUGAGGAAGAAGAUAGAAUUAAAAAAGAGAUCAUUCAGCUUCUUUGUAUUGAACCAAUGCCACACUCUGUUCUUAACAAGGCCCUUCCUGAAGGAACCAAUCAUGAGACUGGAAUGGAAAAGGUUAUUGAUGAAGUUGCAGAUUUCAAGAAGUCUUCUGGUGCUACUAAAGGUUAUUUUGAACUCAAGAAAUCUUACCACUCUCACUACAACCUCUUCUUCUACCAUUACACUCGUGAAGAACAGAGCAAGUCAGAGGUAGGGCAACGUGCAAGGAAAAAAGCAGCUGGUGAGGAGGAAUGUUGCCCCCCUCCCGUCCCUCCCCCAUUCACAGUGCCAUUUACGAUGAUAGUCAAUAUUCUCCAGUGUGACGUGUUCCUCCACAUUCUCAAGACGGUUCUGAAGAGAAUGAGUGAAACCAAAACUCAGAGUGUGAGCGAGUCUCAGCUACAGAAGACUCUCCACCUGAUAGGCUACGCCCUGCACGAGGAGGAACGCUAUCACCGCAACAAUGAUCCCUACUUCCACUUCACUCGUCGCGCCCAAAAAAUUAAUCUCUUGUCCCUACUUGAGGGUUUGGUUGGCCAUAAUCGAACAUCAACACACAAGGAUCUCUUAGCUUGGACAAUUAGAAAGUACCAUGCAGUUCUUAACCUAUCUAUGGACUCGGCCAAGCAAAGCCAGGCAUCGGAAGCAGUAUUGGCUUCAACCUCUACUUCAGAGUUGGCCACAGCCUCGGCUGAAAAGAAGCGGAGAGCUGAUAUUGCUGCCCAGAGGAAGGCUCGAAUUAUGGCCAAGAUGGCAUCGAUGCAACAAAAUUUCAUAAAGACAAAUGAAACAUUUUUCCAGGAAACUCCUUCAACGGAACAGACAUUGGACAUUGUAGAAUCGACACCCAUGGAUAUAAGUGAACAGUUGCCAGAAGACAUGAUUGCUAUUGGUCCACGCCAGACACUAAGACCUCCACAGGAAAUUACGUACACUUGCAUACUUUGCCACCAAGAGGAUAUUGUUGGUAAAGGAGAUGGAAACACAGGGAGACCCAUGGUUCUAGGUGCUCUAAUUCAGAGAUCUACAGUACUGUCUCGCAAUCGAACCCGCCAUUUGGACCAACCAGAAAAUCAUGACCCAUUGCUGUUACCAGCAGAUUUACAUUGGGGUGCGCAUACCUCUUCUUGUGGACACGCUAUGCACGCGCAGUGUUGGCAAAAAUAUUUUGAUGACGUGCUUACCAAAGAGAGGCGGAGACCGUAUCGUUUCCGACAGAACCUGAGUUUCGACAUAGAGAAGUUUGAGUAUUUGUGUCCCCUGUGUGAGGCCCUGUGUAAUACUGCCCUCCCAUUGUUGCCCAGUGUCACAGGCACAGCAGCAAACCUUCAGAGUCAAGACUCUGUUCCUUCUUUUCCCUCCAUCUCUAUUUCUGAUUGGCUUAAGGGCCUCUACACUAUCCUCAAGUACAAGACUGUGGUGUUGUCUGGAGCACGACCCGAUGAGGAAAGUAAUCAACAAGAGGACGGGCAGAUGGAAACGGUUCCACUGCCAGGUGCAGUGCCGACAUCUGGUGCUGUGGUUGGCACUCUAAGUAUGCCUGCACUAGUCAACCCCAUAGGUGCUGGGGGGAGUACCUCCAUUUUAGUUGUUGGAGGGGUUUCCACAAGUGUGGGACCAGCAGCAUUACUGAGGCAGAUACAAGGGGAUGGGGGGCAGAGAGGUAGGCCUCCUCGCUGGUCCAAGCUGCCACUCUACAAGAAACACAAGAAGGGUGGCGACGGAAAGGAUGAGGAAGAUGACAAUAGCAGUUGCAGCGAGGGCACUUGGACGCCUCCAAGCCUACCCACUGUAACCCUGGAACUCCUGUCAAUAGCGUCACGGGAGUCUGCAGAAGCCUUCAGUGAUCUCUUCAAAAAUCCUGGAGCCACCACAAUGCCAACCUUCCCAACCCAUACUUCAGAUAUGAUGUCCAACUUUGCUCAUGCUGUUUAUGUACAUGGCCUUGGUGUAAAUCCCAAUUUAUCAAGUAGACGUAUUCCAUUAAUGGUGUGGGAUAGUGCUGCUUACACUAUCCAUACUUUGGAAGAGACGCAGCGUAAUGUCAAUCGUGCCCUACUUACUUCAUUAUCGGCUCGUCAGCGGGAUUGUCUCGCUGCCCUCGUCAAAUUUGCAGCGUAUGUUCCUGCUUGUGUAAAGAAGAAACAGGUCAUCGAAGGUGCUAUUGUUCGUCUGCUAAGUAUCCUGCUUGAAGGAGGAGAGGCCACUCCGUGCGUUUUAGAGUGGGACACCUUCAGCAUGCUGGUCACUCUUAGCCUUGGUCUGCCAUCAGUUUUUCCUACCAUUCAGGGAAAAGCAACUGGUAGUCAACAGGAUCUCCACCUGUUACAAGUAUGCUUCCUGGCUCACUUGGUACAACUACUUCUGACCUACGAGGGUCACAACAGCAGCUCAGAAAUGGAGGUUGUCGAGACUAGUGAGCCAAGUGAAGACAGCAUCAGUAGUUGUGGCAGUAGUGAUGCUGCGUGGCUGGUAUCCAUGUUAGCUCAUUGCAGACAGCUGGCCAACCUUCCACAAAUUGAAGUGGAAGCUCAUUAUCUCUUGAGUUAUGUUAAAGAGAGUUGCUUGCCAUUUUUAAGGUGUUGUGGUCUGUUUUUCCACUUCCUGACUGAAGUCCCUGCUCCAGAAGAGCUUCAGUCGUCGGUCUGGGUACCAGAAUCGGAGUUUUACUGUCUCCUUCGUUACUUGGGUUUGGCUAUGAACCAGCUCAGACCAACAUUCAGUGAUCCAACGCUUUCAGAGCUAGUCAACAGAUGGUGUUGUGACAGUCGUGUAGGGCCCUUAGUUGGUGGUGCUGGUAGUGAAGGCUGCAUGAGAUCUUGGGUUCGCAUUAAUCAGCUUGUCAGCCUUCCACGUGAUUAUUCAGAAUUGAUCAACACUGUGUCACAAUUUCCAUGCCCAGCAUCUUCUGGAGAUGACUCUCGAACACCUACAAUGUGUCUUGUAUGUGGGAAGAUGUUAUGUUCUCAGAGUUACUGCUGCCAGACAGAGUUUCCAGAAGGCUCUAGACAGAUGGUGGGUGCUUGUACUUACCAUGCGCACCACUGUGGAGCUGGGACGGGAAUUUUCCUCAGGGUGCGAGAAUGCAAGAUUUUGCUGUUGUCUGGACGUAUUAAGGGAUGUUUUGUCAACCCACCCUACCUUGAUGAGUACGGAGAGACUGACCAGGGUCUGAAGCGUGGGAACCCCUUGCAUUUAGAUGCUAUGCAGUAUUCACGCUUGCACUCCAUGUGGCUCUCUCAUGCCAUUCCCGACACAAUUGCUCAUACGAUGGAGAGCAACUCGAGCGUCGUGGCAACAGAAUGGCAGCAUCUCUAAUGGCUCGAUUUAUGUAGGAAUUAUGAAAAUAUGCCAGAUCAGGGAUAUUCAGCCCAAGUUGCUGCUUCUGUGUGGUUCAGUAUACUUGUAAGGCAAAUAGUUUAGCAAGGAGUGUUUCACCACAUUUGGUUCAGGCAGCAAGUUCAUGUUGUGGAGUUCUUUAAGAAGGGUUAUUUCAGUUAUUAAGCUUCACACAACAUUUCCUUUUAUCACUUCAAUAUACAAUAUAUGUACUCAAUAACUGGAGCAGUAAUAAAAUAAAAGCAAAUCCCAGGUUUUUCUUUCUCUGAAUUUUUAUUUUUUAUUUUUUUUAUGUUGCCCCAAUCACUUGGCAAUUUAACUUGUGUGCUCGUGGUGACAAAAUUGUCUGUGAACUGUAGGAGCAUCAGUCGUUAGCCUUUGUGGAUGCAAAGUUGCAAGUCGGUUGAUGUGUUCAUAGAUAAGUUUUACCUUAACAAGUAGACUGAAUCUUACAAAUAUACAUAAUAAUCAAAGCUUUAUAUACAUUUGUGAAUUAGUUGUAUGAGUAAAAGAAGAAAACUAUUACUUUCAUAAGUGUACAGAAUUGUCAGUUUUGGUAUACUACUGUUGUGGAAGUGUCACUUGUCAUGAACUUCAAAGUUUUCCCCAAGUCUAAAUGAACAAUUUUAGUAUUCUAAAUUACCUAUAUUGUAUAAAAAAGACUAUUUCCUCUCCUACCUAUGUAGACCAAGUUUCUAUAAACUUUUGAUAACUCCCUUUGAAACUAAAAUUAUGUAUUAUAAAAUUGUUUUAGUUUUGCUUACAGAAAGCACAAGAUUGCUGGAGCAUUGUAUCUCAGAUUAUUUUUACUUGUAAAUCAGUUGUUGUUUUAUUGAGAGUUCAGUUCAAUGGUACAAGAUUAAAACUGGUAUUGCCCAAAUAUUGAAUUUGAGUUGCAACAACUUUUAAAAUGGUUUAUUGAUUAAUAACAUCUGAUAACUACAGAAAGGAAAAGUUUGAAAACAUCAUCCAUUUCUUAUGCCAUAGAUUAUUGCCAAAAAAGUCAUUCAUUUAAGUUGCAGAAUAAUAUUUUGAACGGUGAUAAAAUUUAAAGAAGGUAGCUACAAAAUCAGAAAUAUUAAAAUACCGUUACAAAUUUUUAUGUUCAAUAUUUUUUAGCUUUUCAGUAUCCAAAUGUGGUCUUGAAAAUUGGUGUUUGUUGGUGAGAUAGUUGUAAAGUGUGACAGAUGGUACCCCCCCUGAAUGUGUUGAUUUUCAGCGGUUCAUGAAAACGUGCUUCAUUUACAGGUAUCUUUAGUUUAUCUUUUAUGUUGCAAUUUAAAUUGCUGAAAAAGGGUGCAUGUAUAUACAGUAUCAGGAAUAUAUAUUUUAUACAAUUUUUGUUUUCUCGUCCAAUCUCUGGGUUUAGGUGCGGUUAAAUGCCUAGAAAUAAUAUACAGGUAUACAUUAAAAAAGAAAUUACUGACAUGGUGACUUCUCGGUUACCAUAAAUUAGCUAUUUUUUGCAGUUUUUACUUUGGCAGUGAUCAAUAGUUCCUAUAUUUUUUAAUGUACAUAUGAAAAUAAUUCAAAAUGAUUUAGUUUGAAGCAUUGAGAAUAUAUAUAUGGUUUAUUUGUUGAUUCUGAAGAUGGAAAGUUUGGGUUUUAAAAAGGGUGAUUGAAGUUGUAGGAGGACAUUACGUGUAAGUCUAAGCUCUAUUUACCAAUUUAAAAUUUUUAAUAUCCAUGUACUAAGACACAUCAAUUGAAACAAUUGUGUUGGCCCCCCCCCCCCCCUUUAAACCUUAGAAAAUAAAGUUGCAGAUGAUUGAUAAUAAUAGUUCCUGAUGAAAUUAAAUGUUUGGUUUCUCAUCACCACUGUAUAGUGCCCUCUUGUACAACCCAGGUUGGCAGUAUAAAAUGUCUUGUAAUAAAAAGAGAGAGAGAAGAGUGGAGUCCAUAGGAAGUUGAUAAAAACGAGCUUGCUAGUCACAUUUGUGUAAAUACAGCCAAAAUGAGGCCUAAUCUUGGAAGAGUUUGGCAUGGUGUUCAAUAAAGCUGCAAUGGGACUUGUGCAAUUAAAUGCUACUGUAAUAACUUUUUUUUAAAGUUUAUGAAAAAAGAAUGUUAAAACAAUUAUUGGGAAAAGAACAGAAUUUUUAAUAUUUUUGUUUAAAGAUACGGAACUUGAUGUACAUUAAUGGGAAAAUAGCAGUGUUGCUAAUAUCGCUGAAUUUUCAUUGUUCAGUGCACUUUUAUAAUUAGGAAAAAUUUAGUUUAAGUGUGUUAGAUGUUAAAAGCUGAAUGCACAGUCGAUUGAAAAGCGAGAUAAUUUUUUUUCUCAAAUGGACAUUUGCAUGUGCUUCAUAUAUGGGAUUGCAUAAAUAUAUUUUCACACAUAUUUUAAUAACUUUGUAGUUUCUGAUACGUAAAAAAAGUCAUUAAGCAUUGGUGAGGAAGGUAAUCUCGUUUAUAACUUUCUCAUGUAACACAAUUGCCAGCUUUGCAGAGUUAACAAAAUAAGUAUCUUAAUACACAAACACCCACUUAUUGCAUGGUUAUAGUUCUUAUAAAUAUACCUCUGAAAUGAUAUUAUCAAAAUAUGGUGUGUUUGAACUCUAGUGGCCAUGUUUGAUUGUAAUCAUUUGCUAACCAGUUUUUGUAUUCAUAUAACCAACAUUUGCUUAAUGUUGAUAAAGUAACCGAAGUUGUGUGAAUGGAGUAAGAUGUCUAUUGUUGCAGAACACCUGUGGUAUUAUCUAUUUGAAAGUAGUGUGUGCAUCAGCUGUUCACUCUGUUGUGAAGUAAUUCAUGUUGAAGUAACUCCAGGACUUUUUUUUUUUUUUUAUAUUUAUUAGGAAAACUAAUUACUUGUACUUAACUUGUGUAGAACUCAUUGAGCCGUGUCAUUGUUUUUAUGGCAUGAAAAUCACUUAGAAUGUUACAUAAUUGAUCCAUGCGUGUUAGUGAUGGUUGUGAGGGUUUGUUGCAUGAUACAAUAUACAUAAUUUGCAACUUCUAGCACUCUUUAUUUUUGAAGAGAACGUUUGGAAUAUAGAUGUUGCUACUUGUUUUCUAGAGUAGGGAUAAUGCUUCCUGAAGUUUUUACUCGAAAAGUUCAAAACAAUUCUGCUCAUUGCCCGACUUGGCGAUGAAUCGAGAAAUGAGACGGCGAGUACUUGGCAAAAGAGCAUUGGGAAUUUUUCACUUCAUAGACACAGUAAAGGAUGGAUAAGGAAAUGAUUAAAAUGUAGGUGGUCACUUUGGUGUGUGCAGUUUUGUCAAGGAUCCAGUAUUUGUGGUCCUAAUGGCAAGAAUUUUUUCUAAGAAAUGUCUUCUGAAAAUAUAUAAAUGUUGUGCAUUUAAGAUUUUUUUUUAUCAUGUUUUGCUGACAUUUUUGUGCAAUGUAAAAAAAAAAAAAAUUUUUUGACAUGGUUAUUGUCAUUCCCAGAUCAUAUUUGCUUUAAAUGUGGAUAAAAGAUCAUUUUAAUUUGUUACAGUUUAUUACUUGAGGAAAUCCUUAUAGGGAGACAGUAUGCUGCAGUAAUGUGGCUUAUAUUUUUAAUUUGAUAUACAGUAAUAUAUUUCUACUUCAGUUACACAUUCAAAAGCAUAUACAUUUACAUACACAAUUUCACACAUGUGCAUGCAGACAAACCCAGUCAGGUGGAUUUCAAUACCUUUAAUUAAUUAUAUAUAUAUAUUAUAUAUAUUUAUAUAUAUAUAUUUAUAUAUAUUUAUAUAUAUUUAUAUAUAUAUAUAUAUAUAUAUAUAUAUAUAUAUAUAUUAUAUAUAUAUAUUUAUAUAUAUAUUUAUAUAAAAAUGUAUAUUAUAUAUAUAAUAUGCAUUAUAAAUAUGACAUGACUACCUACUCAGUUUUUCAGAGAUAGAAAUAUAAAAAAGUUGGUAUGGCAUGAAUAUAUCCUUGUACAAUGUGUAUUGUAGAUUUGUAAUAAUACAGGCUGAAUCGAGUACAGUUUAUAUAUAUAUAUAUAUAUAUUAAUUUUUUUUUUAUUUGCCAUUUGUUUUUUCAUGUCAUGGUGGAAUGUUGGAGAUUGAUGCGAGCAUGGUGACUGACAGGAUACUACUACCACCACAUCCUUGUCAGCUGGCAUGUUUCCACAAGCAUUCCAUGGCAGUGAAGUGGCCAUCCAAUGCACUCCUCAAAUACUGUGUGUGAUUUGCUCGACAUUUCAAAAGCAGACUUUGACCAUAUUCACUAACUUUUUAAAUGUUGGUGAAAUCCUUAGUCACAUUAGUCUAAAGUUGCUAGAAUGAAAUGUAGUGCAUAUCUAGCUAGCACUGUUUUUGCUGUAUUAAUGCUUUAGUAGUGUAUAAAUAAUUAGAUUUUCAUCAAGCAUUUUAAAAGUCAAAUACAAAAGAAACAUAUUGUGAAAAUAUUAGUGUGAUGAUUGAUAUCAAGGAGUGUUUUACCAUGAUAGUCCACUUCCUAGGUUCUUUGCUCUGCAGGAGCUGUUACUUAAGGAAGCACCUUACAUCAGAUACGUAGAGUCUACACAUUAUGAUGCAUUGCAGAUAUUUAAUUUUAAAUUUCUUACAUUAUGUACAUAAAUUUUAAUAAGCAAAAA